AUGCCCUCAAAUCCCCACAUACCACCAUCCCAUUCAGCGUCCUUCAGCGGCCUCCGCGACUUACUAGGCAAACACAUCUCUGAGGGGGAUGAGGUUGGUGCCUCGAUCGUCGUCAAUAUAGACGGCGAGAAUGUAGUCGACAUCUGGGGCGGUUACUUUGACGAAAGUGGUACUCGCAGCUGGGAGAAAGACACGAUUGUCAACGUCUUCUCCAUCACCAAGACCAUCACCAGCCUUGCAGCGCUCAUUCUUAUUGAUAGAGGAAUCAUCAGCCCCUACGAAAAGGUGGCAACCUAUUGGCCUGAGUUUGCCGCGAAUGGGAAGCAAGAUAUUGAGAUCAGGCAUAUCAUCUCUCACACAUCAGGUGUUCCGGGUUGGGAGCAGCCAGUAACGCUGGAUGACCUGUGUAAUUUCGAUAAAGCAGUCUCCCUGCUGGCCUCCCAGCCGCCCUGGUGGACUCCAGGAACUGCUUCUGGCUAUCAUUCCUUCACCCACGGGUUCCUGAUCGGUCAGGUAAUUCGAAAGGUCACAGGGCGGACUCUGAAAGAUUUCAUUCGAGAUGAAAUUUCCAAGCCACUUGACGCUGAUUUCCAACUUGGGGUUGCCAACUCCGACUUGCACCGCGUCUCCGACCUUAUUCCCUGGGCAAUAGUCACGGAGAGCGACUCCAAUAGUAAUCUCGACUCCAAUGCUGCCCGGGUCAUGAGCAAUCCCAAAUUUAGCCCCGACAUGGCCAACACCACCACGUGGCGACAAGCUGAGCUAGGGGCGACAAACGGGCAUGGCAAUGCGCGAUCUAUUGCAAAGAUUCUCUCCACAAUUUCUCUCGGAGGUUGUGUCGACGGGAAACGCCUUCUGACGCCAGAAACAAUCGACUUGAUCUUUCAAGAGAUGUCGAGCGGAAUAGACCUGGUGACGAACAUGCCGGUGCGGUUUGGAAUCGGAUACGGGAUAACUGGUGAAGGAGUGGUCCCUAGUUGGCUACCUAAUGGAAGGAUAUGCUUCUGGAGCGGACUUGGGGGUUCGGUUGCCAUUAUGGAUUUGGACAGGAAGAUGACUAUUGUCUACGUCAUGAAUAAGUUGUACCCGGUGGGUUUGGGAUCUGACCUGACGAUUGAGUACGUGAAAGAGAUCUACAGGGCGGUUGGGAUGUCUGGUCCUAAGUAG